AUGCACACUUCAAUGGUCAAGUCCAAGUUCCUCAGCAACCCCGAGGACCUGGGCGUCGUCGCCGUCGGUUUCUCCGGCGGACAGUGCAAGCCCGGCGUCGACGCGGCUCCCAAGGCCCUUAUCGAGUCCGGCCUGCUCACCCAGCUUCGCGACGAGCUCGGCUACCAGCUGCAUGGCCACGACGAGGUGCACCUCUACACGGACCUCGUGCCGGCCGAGGACCCCCCCUACCGCAACAUGAAGAACCCGCGCGCCGUGUCGGCCGUGACGGAGCGCAUCGCCGAUCAGGUAUACCAGCAGUCGCGCCUCGGCCGCCUGACCCUCACCCUCGGCGGCGACCACAGCAUCGCCAUCGGCACCAUCGCCGGCUCGGCCCGCGCCACCCGCGAGCGUCUCGGCCGCGAAAUCGCCGUCAUCUGGGUCGACGCCCACGCCGACAUCAACACCCCCGAGACCAGCGGCAGCGGCAACGUCCACGGCAUGCCCGUCGCCUUCCUCACCGGCCUCGCCAAGGAGGACCGCCCCGAGUACUUUGGCUGGCUGCGUGACGAGCACCGCCUGAGCCUCAAGAAGCUCGUCUACAUUGGCCUGCGCGACGUCGACCCGGGCGAGAAGCGCAUCCUGCGCGAGAACGGCAUCAAGGCCUUUAGCAUGUUUGACAUUGACCGGUACGGCAUCGGACGCGUCAUGGAGAUGGCGCUGGCGCACAUUGGCAGCGACACGCCGAUCCACCUGUCAUUCGACGUGGACGCGCUGGACCCGAUGUGGGCGCCGUCGACAGGGACGCCGGUUCGCGGGGGCCUGACGCUGCGCGAGGGCGACUACAUCUGCGAGUGCGUGCACGAGACGGGCAGCCUCGUGGCGCUGGACCUCGUCGAGGUCAACCCGUCGCUAGCGGCCGAGCAGGAGGGCGCGGCGUCGGAGACGGUGCGCGCCGGCUGCUCUUUAGUGCGCUGCGCCCUGGGCGAGUCGUUACUGUAA